CGUGGCUCAUAUGUCAAGAUCCGCAAGUGAUCCCAAUCUCAUGGAUGACACGCGCGCAAGAGUGCGCCGCACAGCCACGCCACCUCCACGGCCAGGUGCCAAAAGGGAAGCGGCGCAGUUGCCGACUGCCGAGGCUGAGAUCCAACCGGCUGACAACAGCAGCGGGGACGAAGCGGCUCGGCAAGCCGAAGCCAAACCUGAGAAGUCGCAGUUGCAGCAAUGGCCCUUCCGGCAGCGAGGAAUCAUCGCGUUGGCCUUGUCCUGUUGCGCCCUGAUGCUGGCGAUGGGACCUGCGGCCUACUGCUGGCUCAACCAGGGGCGGGCAGAGAUGGCGGACACCUACCGCGGCGGCGCCCACUUCCCCAACAACAAGAGCUGCGGCCUGGGCGCUGAGGCGACACACCAUCGUCCAGCUUUGUACCUGGGCCGGGACUAUGUCAACGAGGUCGCCUCUGGUGGCAUCAACGGCUUGUUGAUGAUGGUGGCCACGGUGGUGGCGGGCAUCAGCAUCGACCUUCCCGGGCAACACAUCUUCGCCAUGGGCGGCGCCAGUCUUUUGGCCUACGGCUUCUCCAUGGGCUUCGGCGCCUUUGUGGUGGAGGAAGCCAAAGAAGGCUUCGCCUGGAGCCAGAUGCAAGAGGAGUACAACGAAGUGCGGAAUAUGCCCAGCUCGGAAGUGGACGAGAUGAUUUGUCACUACAGGCGGCGCGGCCUGUCCGAGCAGGAUGCACGCACAGUGUCUGGGAUCCUGUCGCAAUACGAGGACUUUUGGGUGCACCACAUGAUGGCGGAGGAGCUAGGCAUUCAGCUGCCCAGAGGAGGCUCUGCUGCCCUCCAGUCCGGCCUGGCGACGGGGACCUCGUUUUUGGUCUUCGGCAUCGUGCCACUCCUAGGUCUAGCAGUUUCCAUGCUGCUGCGGAGCUGUCUUGGCCCAGCGUGGUACAGGCCGCAGUUCGCCACGGUCAUGUCACUGACCUUAAGCGCAGUGGCACUGUUGAUGCUGGGGACCUUUCUGAGCCGCGUGAUCGGGAGCCGUGCGCCUCUCUUCGACGGCCUGAUGAUGUGUGCCAACGGCUUCGCAGCCUCGUUCAUGGCUUUUGCGGUGGGCCAGAUGCUGGUGAACGGCGAGGGCCGCGCCAUCGUUGCUCAGCCAAAGGAGCAGAGGCGAUGCUUAGACACCAGCAGCGCGGGUUCCACCAGCGUUCGACAUGCGCACGAGCAUCAUGCGGACGAUCAAGUGCAAGCGGACGAGCAUGUCAAUGCAGACGAGCACACGAAAGCGUGGCCUCACUUUCGGCACCAGUUCUUCCUCAGCAGCUCCGUGCUGUGGGUGGCGGUGUGCUCCGCCAUCGUAGCCUGGCAGACGGCCAACCGGGCGGUGAUCGCCUUCCAGCGCAUGCAUUGGGAAGUUCUUCGAGUGUUUGCCUAUGGCUUGCUGACCUGCGUCACCACCGGCCUGGGCGCCGUGCCCUUCCUGGUGAUCCAGCCGGGUCCCUUGGGCAUGGGCCUCGCGGUGGCCAAUGCAGUGGCCGCCGGAAUGAUGCUGGCGGCUUCUGGCAGCAUGCUGUUUGAGGCCCACGAGCACUGCGGGCCUUGGGACUGGCAGAUCCUCGCGGGACUGGGGGCCGGCGCGCUCUUCAUCCGCGCCAGCGAGCGAUUGCAUGGGGAGGAAGAGGAGGAAGAGGAGGGCAUUGCAGCUCUGCAUGAGGCCUUGCUUGAAAGGAAGCAAUGGCGUAAGGCGAUGCUGAUCUUCACAGUCAUGUUCUGCCACUCAGCGGCUGAAGGCAUUGCAGUUGGCGUUGCAUUCAGCAGGCAGCUGAACCAUGAAUUUGGGGUCUACAUCUCCUUGCUUCUGGCAGUGCACAACGUACCGGAGGGCUUGGCGGUGGCUCUGGUCUUGGUGCCCCGUGGCGUCUCUGCCACUCUCACCACCUUUAUCGCAAUGCUGACCAGCGUGCCGCAGCCGGUUCUGGCUCUUGCCGCGUUCCUGUUCGUGGAGGUCUUUCAAGGCCUUUUGCCGCUGGGCCUCGCCUUCGCUGCCGGCGCCAUGGUCUACGUGUGUUUGCACGAGCUGCUGGUGGAGUCCGUAGAGCAACUGGGGGUGACCAAGGCCACGGUGGCCCGGGACCCAGACGGAGCGCAGUGGCUCAAGAUGGCCUUGAGCUUUGGCAGGUCGGCCGAUGGCAUUAAGGAGAGCAGCUGCCCUGCUGGCCUUGCUGGGCCCUGUGGCCUUCUUGCAGGCGCGGCUUGCGAAGCUAUCGCGACGUGCUUCAGUGAGCGAUGCCGAGAAGAAGUUGGUUUUAGAAUCGACGAGAGGAAGAUCCAAGAAAUCCUGAACAAAGACUUCUUCGGGAUGGUGGAGGCGGUGAAGUUCGGGCAGCAGCACGGCUCCGGGCUCAACGCCAAGGACUGGCAGCAGGCGGACGUGGUGCUGAUAGGCCCUGACCGAGUUGGCAAGGGCCCUGUAACUUUGCAGCUCGCCUUACGUGGCCUCAAGGCCGCCGGCUGCCGGGUGUCUUCUUACGAGAGGCUUCCCGCGGAGAUCUCUGGCUUGAAGCCGCAGCAGGUGGCGCUUCUCACCAUGGAGGAGCAGCGCCUUUUGCGCGUACGUCAGAGCAAGCUGAAAGAGCUGAAGAUCUGCAAGAAGCCCAUGCUUUUCGAAGACGACUUUGCAACACCUUCCCGUGUGCGAAGCGACCUGGAGUUGAUGAAGCAGCUUCAGGAGCAGAACCCCACCUGGGACCACUUCGAUCUCACGUAUUUGGCGCCUGAGGAUUGCGCCUCACUGCUGGCGCACAAGGUCCGCGCUGCCAGGGAUGCUGCGGCACUGAGGAUGGAUUAG